AUGGCAAGAAGAAACAAUUCAUCUGAACAAGAAAUUUCAGAAACUCUAGCUGAUUCAAAUUCAGGUUCAGAUACUGAAAUCAGUAACUAUUUUGAUGAUUCAACAUCAGAUAUAGACACUGAAAUCAGCAGUUAUUCUGAUGAUUCAACAUCAGGUUCUGUUGAAAAAGAACUACCAUCAAGAGAAAAUAAAACGGAAUUUCUAAAUUGGAAACGUGGAAAAUUUGUUCCUAAAUCAUUAAAUUUCAAUAAUGAUACGACAGGAAUAGCAAGUGAUUUAGACUUAGAAAACGAUCCUAUUGAUUAUUUUGAGCUUUUUUUCAAUCAGAAAAUCAUGGAAUACAUUGCUGAAGAAACCAAUAGAUACCAACAACAGAAUCCAUCAGCAUCAACACCAACAAGCCAUCAAGCACAAUGGUAA